AGAGAGAGAAGAGAGAGAGUUUGGUGGAUGAAGCAGCUUUGACGAAACAAGAAAAUGGGUGAAAGAAGGCUCAAAGACAUUGCUUUUACUUCAUCUCUGUGCCCAUUGGCACCCACAGAUUUCUCUUGAGAGAGAGAGAGAGAGAGAGAAAGAGAGAGGAUGUUUAGGUGGUGGGUAUCAACUCUCCAAUUAUUGGAGCUGUUUGUGAGCUCCUUGGUGCAUUUGUUGUUUGGAUUUUACAUAUUUAGCACGGCUGUGGCUGGCGAUCUCUCUCAAACUAUAAAUGAUUUGUUUUUCAAGCCUAAUUUGGCCAGUGGUUUGCAAAAUGAUGAGGUUGUAACGCAGAAAUCCACCAAUUCCGAUGAUUUGCCCCCAAUUGUGCUAGUUCAUGGCAUCUUUGGCUUUGGGAAAGGGAAACUAGGAGGCUUGUCUUAUUUUGCUGGAGCUGAGAAAAAAGAUGAGAGGGCUCUUGUCCCUGAUUUAGGCUCAUUAACUAGCAUAUAUGACAGAGCUAGAGAAUUGUUCUAUUACCUAAAAGGAGGGCAAGUUGAUUAUGGAGAGGAACAUAGCAAGGCUUGUGGGCACUCUCAGUUUGGUAGAGUUUAUGAGAAAGGGCAUUACCCUGAAUGGGAUGAGGAUAAUCCCAUCCACUUUGUGGGGCAUUCGGCCGGGGGGCAAGUUAUCCGAGUUUUGCAGCAAAUGCUUGCUGAUAAGGCAUUCAAGGGAUAUGAGAAUACUUCUCCAAAUUGGGUGCUGAGCAUCACGUCGUUGUCUGGUGCUUUCAAUGGCACAACGAGAGCAUAUUUGGAUGGAAUUCAGCCAGAAGACGGAAAGUCAUUGAAGCCCGUCUGCCUGCUGCAGCUGUGCAGGAUAGGAGUGAUUCUGUACGACUGGUUUGACAUCCCGUGGCUGAAGAACUACUACAAUUUCGGGUUUGAUCAUUUCAACAUGUCUUGGAGGCAAAUGGGCAUAUGGGGUCUUGUUAAUUGCCUCAUGGGUAAGACCGGCCCUUUUGCAUCCGGGGACUGGAUUCUGCCUGAUCUCACCAUCCAAGGGUCGAUCAGGUUGAACAGCAAUAUACAGACGUUCCCUGACACGUACUACUUCAGCUACGCCACCAAACAGACGAGGAAACUCAUGGGCUUCACAGUCCCCUUUGGCCUUCUUGGAAUACACCCUCUGCUAUUUAUCCGAGUCUUGCAGAUGAGUGUGUGGCGUCACCCUCCUGACGUCCCCACUCCUUACAAGGGAUACCGAGAUGAAGAGUGGUGGGACAAUGAUGGGGCGCUCAACACCAUAUCCAUGACACACCCUCGCCUCCCGGUUGAGCAUCCCAAUCACCUUGUGGUGAAAGAUUCCGAGUGCCAGCCUUUACAACCAGGCUUAUGGUAUUACAAGAUCGUGGAAGGCGAUCACAUCCUCUUCAUUGUGAAUCGUGAGAGGGCAGGGCUUCAGUUUGAUCUGAUAUACGACAGCAUCUUUGAGCGAUGCAGGAAGCACGCGUUCAGGAAGAAGCCGACGAUGCCGAAUCAACUAAGUCAAUAGAUCAUGAAAGAAGAGACUUGGAAGAGAUAAAUUUGGGAUAGUUUUUCUUUUUUUUCUCUCUUUCUCUAUCUUCUUUCUUUCUCUUUUGUGUAGCUGGGCUAGGAAAGCAAGUAUAGUUGCUUGUUGUUUACCACAUAUGGUAUCUUUUCCAUUUACUACUUUUACAUAUAGCCAUUUUUCUAACAAUAUUGUUGCUUAGUAGAGAGAACAAUAUUAUUGAAAUAUUGGAUUUAACUACUA